CUCUUUUUUCUUCUCAUCCCCUCUCUUUAAUCCCUUCCAAACCCCACCGAAGAGAGAGAAUCAUUAAAUCCGCAUCGAUCUGCUUGAUUCACGGGGGAACGCAGCUUGAUUCAUGCCCACGCCCCCCGAUCGCAACUCGCGGGGAGCUGAGGGUGGCAUUUGGAAAAGUCGAAUUCUAAUCCACCCAGCGGCGGUAGGAGGGGAAUUUGGAGGUGAGGGGAAAUGGAAAGAGUCGAUGAGAACAGCUGGGGCACGAUGAAACCAGCGACUUUCCGAGAUAUGGGCGAUCGAAGAGCAUUGAGGGAUAUUAGGAAUUUGGUGGGAGCGCCGUCAUAUGCUUGCGCCGUCAAAAAGACGGGAUUGACAGACAAUGGUAGUUCAGAUGACAAGAAUCCAACGUUCGUAGCUCGACUGCCGGUGACGAGAAACUUUGCAGCUACCGUCGCCAGCAAAUCACAGCCCGAUCAGCAGGGAUCCAGCGCACAGCAUGAUCGAUUUGGGAAUGAGAGCCAUUGCAAGCCGCCGGCACCAUCGAUGUCGAGUUCAAGUUGUCCGGAUAGUUCUUCUGCGGUCGAUGUGGAUGAUUAUAGUUUGAGUAAUGACAUAGCGUCGCCCAUGGUAGAAGAGAAGGAAGAAAUGGAUAACUCUAAUCUCAGGGAAGUUGAAAUGGAGGAUCUUGUCAUCGAGACCAUUCCGGAUAUUGAUGGCUGUGAUUUGGAUAACCCACUUGCAGUCGUGGAAUAUGUAGAAGAUAUAUACACAUUCUAUAGAAAAACUGAGGUUACAAGUUGCGUAAGGCCUGAUUACAUGCCCCACCAAUUUGACAUCAACGAAAAAAUGAGAGCUAUUCUCAUUGACUGGCUUAUAGAGGUGCACUACAAAUUCGAGUUGAUGGAUGAGACUCUUUUUCUAACUGCAAACAUCAUAGAUAGAUUCUUGGCAAGCCAAACGGUGGUGAGGAAGAAGCUUCAGUUGGUUGGAGUUACAGCCAUGUUUCUUGCUUGCAAGUACGAGGAAGUAUCUGUUCCCGUGGUAGAGGAUCUAAUCCUCAUUUGUGACCGAGCAUACACCAAGGAAGAACUUCUUGAAAUGGAAAGGCUAAUCAUCAACACUUUGCAAUUUAACAUGUCUGUGGCAACUCCUUAUGUUUUCAUGAGAAGGUUUCUCAAGGCAGCUGACUCUGAUAAAAAGCUAGAGCUUCUUUCAUUUUUCAUCAUUGAGCUUUGUCUGGUCGAGUACAAAAUGCUGGAGUUCCGCCCUUCUUUGCUGGCUGCUGCUGCAAUCUAUACCGCCCAAUGUUCGCUCAGAGGGUUCAGAUACUGGACGAAAACUUGCGAGUUGCACACUACCUACUCAGAGGACCAGCUCCUUGAGUGCUCGAGGUUGAUGGUGGAUUUCCACCACAAGGCUGGAGUUGGGAAGCUGACAGGGGUACAUAGAAAAUACAGCACUUUCAAAUAUGGCUGCGCGGCAAAAGCAGAACCAGCACUCUUUUUGUUGAACGCUAGUCUCUAGUGCCAAUUUCCAGGGGCCGAAUCUAGAAGCAAAUCCUGACUUCAAAAUGGCCAGAUUAUAUUGGGUGUAUGAGGAGGAAUCCAGUAUUGGGUGCAACAGAAGUUGCAGAAAUUGGAACAAUAAUAAUUGUGUUGUUCUUGGUGUGUGGUUUAUCCAAUGAAUUUCUUCUGUUUUUUAACUGAACUUUGUAUUAA